ACGAGCAUUGUAGCAGAAGCGACGGCAUUAUAGAAGAAUCCGAGUCUGCGUAUUUUGAAUCUUCCCGAAGAGCUUCUGCGAAAUCUCUGAAAGAUGCAGGCGAGUGAUAGGUUUAACAUAAAUUCUCAGCUUGAGCAUCUUCAAGCUAAGUAUGUUGGUACGGGUCAUGCCGAUUUGAGCAGAUUUGAAUGGGCUGUGAACAUUCAGCGUGAUAGUUAUGCUUCAUACAUUGGUCACUACCCGAUGCUUUCUUACUUUGCAAUAGCUGAGAACGAAUCCAUUGGUCGAGAACGCUACAACUUCAUGCAGAAAAUGCUUUUACCUUGCGGCCUUCCUCCAGAAAGAGAAGACGAGUAAGAAGAGCUUGCAAAUGUGUCUGUGUAUGUGGCAUCUGGAAUCAGAAAACAUUCUAUCAUGUCAAUGUAAUUGCCAAAAGGCUUCUUCUGGUUUCUAGUCCCGAAUUGGUUGAUACUUUGAUGCCAAUUGUUGAACAUGAUCGAAACUUUUGUACUUGGUUAUAAAAUAGUCUUGAUACAA